AGCCCGAGUGCCGGAGCUCAGGUGUUAACGCGGGCGACUGGGGAUGUUUUACCCCUUUUCCCUUUCGUAGUGGAAGGCCCGCCCUCCCCGCGCCAUUGGCUGCGUCGUAGCCUUUUGUACGCGGGGAGAUGCAGCUGUCAGCCCGGCCGGCUCCCGAGCCCCGCUCGCUCCCGGACUAGCGAUGGGCGGGAGGAGGUCGCCCGUCGCUCUCCUGGUGGCCCUGUGGCUCUGCCAGCUGGGCGCGGGGGCGGCGGGGCGCGCCAAGGUGAACCCCAGGAUCGUCGCGGCUCCCCAAGGUGCCAAGGAAUAUGUGUUCCCGCGGAGGGAGAGGUUCCCGGUGUUCUUCCACCAGGAAAACACCUCCUCCAUCUACGUUGGGGGCGAGGGGAGGCUCUACUACUACGACUUUGCAACCCGCGAGAACUACACGGAAGAGUUCCCGGCAAUAAAUGAAGGGCAGUGUGUGACGUCUGGGAAUUUGGAGGACAGCCGGAAUUACCUGACCCUGGUGGAGCAGUACGGGGACGGGCUCCUGGUGUGCGGGACCGGCGCCUGCGCUCCCACCUGCUGGAAUGUGACCCAGAGGAAAGAGAGCCUGCCCUGGGAUGGGAGAGGGAUCGCUCCCUUCACCCCUGACUCCAACACCCUUGUUGUUGUUGAUGGCCAGGACAUCUACUCCACCAUCAAGAAGAGCCAGCAGAACGGGAAGAUCCCUCGGUUCCGCCGCGUCAGGGGCGGCGGAGAGCUCUACACCAGCGACACCGUGAUGCAGAACCCUCAGUUUGUCAAGGCCACCACGCUGAGGCACGAGGAGCCUCACCAGGACAAGAUUUAUUACUUCUUCCGCGAGGACAACCCCGACAAGAGCCCCGAGGCGCCCCGGAACAUCUCGCGGGUGGCCCAGCUGUGCAAGGAGGACAAGGGAGGCACCAGCUCCCUCUCAGCCUCCAAGUGGACCACGUUCCUCAAGGCCACCCUGAUCUGUGUGGACCCCGUCACCAAGGGCAACUUCAACUGGCUGCAGGACGUCUUCUUCGUCCCCGCGAGCGACUGGCGGCACUCCAAGGUCUACGGGCUCUUCACCAACACCUGGGGAAGCUCUGCUGUCUGUGUCUACUCCUUUGGGGACAUCGACAGCGUGUUCCGGACAUCGCGGCUCAAAGGCUACCACGGGCCCGCCCCGGAGGUCAAACCCGGCCAGUGCGUCCCCUCCGGGCAGCACACGCCCAGCGAGACCUUCAAGAUCGCCGACAGCCACCCUGAGGUGGAGGAGCGGGUGGAGCCGCUGUCCCCUUCCCGGAGCCCGCUGUUCCACAACAAGCACCGCUACCAGAAGAUCGGCGUGCACGAGGUGGCCGCGGCCGACGGGCAGCGCUACAACGUGCUCUACCUGGCCACAGACAAGGGGUCCAUCCACAAGGUGGUGGAGCUGCCCGACGGGGUGCAGAACAUCAUGGAGAUCCAGGUGUUCCCCAACAAGGAUCCCAUCCAGUCCAUGAUCCUGGACCACGCCAGGGCCGUGCUCUACGUGGGCUCCAGCAGCCGCGUGCUGGAGCUGCCCAUGGACAUGUGCGGCGCCUACCGCAACAACUGCCACAGCUGCGUGCUGGCCCGGGACCCCUACUGCGGCUGGGCCAACGGCUCGUGCCUCUCGCUGGCCCUCCGCCGGGAGGUGCUCCAGAACCUGAACUUGGACUCGUGGCGAGGAAACUGCCAGAGGAGCGAUGUCAAGGAAGGCGACUUCCGCAACAUCUCGGUGAUGCCCCUCUCCCGCUAUUACCUCAACUGCUCCAUCGAGUCCCACUACGCCACCUACAACUGGUACCACGAGGACGUGCUCAUCAAGAGCUGCAACACGUCCCACCCGCAGGGCGACUGCUUCCACUUCAUCCCCAGCGUGCGCCGCGAGCACUACGGCCACUACGUGUGCGUGUCCGAGGAGGACGGCUUCCGCCAGGCGCUGGUCAAGGAGCGCCUGCUGGACCGCCUGCGCUUCCAGCCGCAGCACGGCCGCGCCCCGGCCGCGCUGCCCUCGUGGCUGCGCCUGCUGCUCGUGCUGGCCCUGGCCGAGCUCCUGCACUGAGGCCGCGGCCCUGCCCUGCCCGCUGCCGUCGUGUCUGCCGCUCCUGGCACGCGCUGGACUCGCCCGGCCCGCCUCGGGGUGGCGGCCCCGCUGGCCAGCCGUGCAUGCACUGAUCCUCAGGGCCGCUCCUUGCAUGCGAUGAAGAUGAAGAGGAGGAAGAGGAGGAAGAGGAGCCGGCUCUCGGCCUCCUGACUGCGGGAUCCCCGUGGGGGCCGCUGCCUCCCGAGGUUUUGGGGGAUGAUGAUGUGGGGGCCGGCAGCAGCUGGGACGCCCCCGGCGUCACUCGCGGGUCCCCUCCUGCUCCGGAGGGCUCGGAGGCUUGAGGGGGGCUCGUUCCGUUGUUUUUUGUUUGCAGCCGGCUAUGGUGUGGGAGGGAGGUCGGGAAUCGGCGCCGCGUUGGGAAUUUGCAUGGAAAAGCCUCGGAAGGUGGCUGGAUUUGGGGUGUGGGGACGGGAAGGGGAGGUGGGAGCAGAGCCCGGAGCGGGAGGCGCUGGGCGGGCGCUGGAGACGCACAAAUGCUCUGCAGGCAGCCGAGGGGCAUUGCCGGGGGCAGGGGGCUGUGCCCGGUCCUGCCCUGGCCCGGGUGUCCUCAGGGAAAGCGGCCGCGGAUCUCAGGGCUCCGGGGGGCUGCGCCUGUCCCGGCUCUGUCCCUGCCCCCGAGGCAGGCACGGGGCAGCCCCGGGAUUUGCUUCCCCCGCGCUUUCGGAGGUCUCGGGGCGAGACUAAACUGUGAAAAUCGGGAUUUUCUCCCUGCAAGGGGAGGGUCCCGCUCCCUGUCCAAACCUUGCCACGCCCGGAACGGCCCUGCCGUGGGCGGGGACACACAGGGGACAUCCUGGCCGUGCUUCCAAUGCCUGUCCCGGCUCCUGCUCAUCCAGGACAGCCCGAGGGGCCGAGGGACAAGGUCCACACCCCACGGACAGCGGGCCAGAGCUUCCUACUGCACUACAUCUCUGAGAUGUUCCCCAUCCCCAGUCCGGGACAGAGCUUCUCACACCCCUUCUCAAAGCACUUUAACUUUGUGGACUAACAGAUAUUUAUUAUAUCGACUGCUCGUUACUGUCUUGUAGGGUUUUAUAAUACCACAGCAGGAGGGGGCGGAUUACAGGAGAGGAAGGUUAAAAUAAAAACCCACCACAACAGCUACCAAAAAUCCCCCAGCCCUUUCAGACCUGUAACCAAAGCGGAGGGUUGGAAUAAAGAGUGGAAGGAAGCAGGAGAGCGCUGUGGUUCUCA